AUUUGGUGAUCAUGUUGCCUAACUUUAAGGGCCCAAACCAAGAAAACGAAAACGACGUCGUAUGGAGUUUUGCGUGAACUCAAAGCGGAGAUCCUAUCGGAGAGAAUCGGAGAAGAAGAAAAAGAAGAAGAAGGGUUUUGUUACCGCAAAACUUCAUUGAAGAUGCAAUUUACUCUUGAGUUCGGUGGAGGUUUAGAAUUGCUCUGUGACUCCGUAAAGAUUCAUAAAGUUAACAUCAACUUACUCAAUGAUUCUGAUAUCUUGACAAUGAAGGAUUUGCUUUCAUGGGUUCGUACCAAUUUGAUCAAGGAAAGGCCUGAAAUGUUCAUGAAAGGCGAUACCGUGAGGCCUGGAGUUCUCGUGCUGGUUAAUGACUGCGAUUGGGAACUUAGUGGUCAGCUCGAUACAACAUUAGAAGAUAAAGAUGUUAUAGUUUUCAUUUCGACUCUGCACGGUGGAUGAAUAUUGAAAUAGCAGAGCCUUGAUCAUUUUGAUCGUUUCCAACUACUUGUGAUGAACAUUCCACAAACCUUUGUAAUCUCUGGCUCAUUGUUAUUACUUUGAGUUUAUAUUUGCAACCACAUCAUUCGUAAUUGAGGAGUUUUGAUGUUAUGAAUCUUAGCUACCAGAAUCAGAUUCACCUCAUGGUUGCUUUAAUG